AUGGUCGGAGGGCGCAUUCGCUCCUCCACAUGCCACAACGGCCGUCCGGCGUACGCCCGCCUCCGGGCGCUGCUUCAGCCCCGUUGCUCCCUUCCCGCGGCGUCGCUGCAGCCCCCUGCGCGUUGGGCCGCUGCUCCCCUGCCCAAGCCUGGAGGUCUACAUCGCCAGCUGGGAGCUGGCCGGUUCCUCCGCCUCGCGCUUCCCAGCCAGCGUCCGCCUCCUGCCCCGUCGUCCGCCACACGCGCACGCGCGCGCAUGCUCGCGGACGAGGCUCCGCCCCUCUGGCUCUCCUCCGUGCCCCCGAGCGUCCGGUCGCCUCCCCGGACGGGAUCCGCUCGCUCCGCCGGGCCGCCUCCCCUGGACCCCCGCUCGCGGCUCCGCCCUCCCGCGCGCCCCCGCGUGGGCGGCUCCGCCCGCGCCGACUGCGGCCGCGUCCCGGCCCGGCCGCCUGCGCUGGCUGCGGCCCUGUCCCGAUCCGCACUCGCUGCCGCUUCCCGCGCCGGCUUCCGCCCUCCUGCGGCUCCCUCACAACCACGCCUACCGGCUCCCGCGCUGGCCGGCCCUGCUCGCCCCGCGGCCGGCUUCCGCCCUCCCGUGGCUCCCUCACCACCGCGCCUGUCGGCUCCCGCGCUGGCCGGCCCUGCUCGCCCCGCGCGCGGCUCCGCCCUCCCGCGCGCCCCCGCGUGGGCGGCUCCGCCCGCGCCGACUGCGGCCGCGUCCCGGCCCGGCCGCCUGCCGGCUUCGGCCUGCCGUCCGCGCUGGCUGCGGCCCCGUCCCGAUCCGGACUCGCUGCCGCUUCCCGCGCCGGCUUCCGCCCUCCCGCGGCUCCCUCACCACCGCGCCUACCGGCUCCCGCGCUGGCCGGCCCUGCUCUCCCCGCGGCCGGCUUCCGCCCUUCCGCGGCUCCCUCACCACCGCGCCCGUCGGCUCCCGCGCUGGCCGGCCCUGCUCGCCCCGCGGCCGGCUCUCCGCUAG